AUGACUUUCUCCGUGCUGGGGCCGUUUCUGCCCGCGUACAUCGCGGACAGGUUCGGCAGCACCUCCACGCAGGUGGGCAUGAUCAUGGCCGCCUAUCCCGCCGUGAACCUCGCCGCCUCCCCUUUAGUGGGCUGGGUCAUGUACAGGUACGGAAGGUGGAAAUCCCUCUUCGCCGGGCUUCUUCUCCUGACGGUCGCCACGGCGCUCUACGGGUUGGCCUCCUCCGUGCCCUGGCUCUACAUCGCCAGCGGCCUGCACGGGGCAUCGCUGUCCUUCAUCCACGUCAGCAGCCUCGGCCUGCUCAGCGCCUACCCGGACCGAUUGACGGAGUCCAUGGCUGGCAUUGAGGCAAGCGAGGGGGGCUUCGGCGACCUCAACCCGGCGGGGGGGAAGCUGGCCUUCUGGAAGGUGGCGAGAAAUCGAGGGGUGCUGACCGGAGCUUUCGUGACGGCCUACAAUUAUGCCGUCAUCGGUUUCCUCGAGGUCACCCUGGCCCCGCACCUGGCUCAGACGCUGUCAACUUCUCCGAGAUCAAUCGGCUUCGUGCUGGUACUUCCCAACGUCCUGUACACCCUGACGGCCAUGAAGGCCGAGGACAUCGUAGACAGGCAGGGGGCCAGGCGGACGUUGCUGGCGGGACUUUGCAUCAUGAGCAUGAGCCUGCUUAUGUCCGGCCCCAGCCCUGCGCUUGCCCCGGCGUUGGUUACCCGCGGAGCGGCGAGGGGGGCUAUCAGCGUCGGCCUGCUGGCGUUUCAGGGAGGCGUGGCCGGCAUGGGGACGGGGGCCGAUGACAUGGUGGCCUCGGCGCACGCGAUGUCGAUCGGGGUCGGGGAAGUGAUCGGGCCUAUGAUCGGGGGCUUCGUGGUGGAGCUCUUGCCGACGUCGCCGGCGUUUGCGUGCGAGCCGGACGUGCCCAUCGUGCAGCUGCACGACCCAAUCUUUCAGCUAGCUGGAGAGUUACGGCCGCACCUCAGCAGCAGCAGCAGCGGCGGCGGCGGCGGCGGCGAGCAAGGACCAGGAGAGGUUUCCGAGGACGCCGAAGAAGUCUAUUUUCCCGAGAUUUCUUCGGCAGAUAUCGCGGCUGAUGCCAGGCAAGGAGAGGACUUUGGCAGUGCCGACGCGAAAGUAGGGGAGGAUGUCGUACGGGUUACGGGACAGGAGGAGAAUAACAAGUCUCGCCUGUUGACAUCGCAUGACGGGGAGGAGCAAGGGCGGGAGCAGGGGAGGGGAGAGGAGGAAGAUUGGAUCGCCGUGGAAUUCCGGGAGGGGGGUACUACCACCGGCAGAUAUAGCCACGAGAAUGAGGAGGUUUCGCGGAUGCUACUAGUAGACGACGAGGAGGAGGAGGAGGAGGAGGAGGAGGAGGAGGAGCGGGCCCGUGGGAAGCUGCGGCAGGGUCACCCGGACGAUUCUAGCAGCACAAGGUCGGCGUCCAAACCAGCGGAAGCAGCAGGAAGAAGAAGGGACGCCAGUGGUAGAGACGGAGAGCGGAAGCUCGGGCAGCAGCAGCAGCAGCAGCAGCGGGAGGGCCGGGCCUUGGUGGAGAGGGGACGGGGACGAAGGGCCCGCCGAGGCCGUCAUCGCAUCCGGGUAAAACGGGAGAACGACGCCGCCGCCGCCGCUGGAGGCGUCGUCGAUCUUGUCGACGCGAGAGAUAGAUUACCAUCGGGCGCCGCCGCCGUCACGUCUUCGAAGGCCGGCAAAGAAGAAGAAGAAGAAGAAGAAGAAGGAGAAGAGCGAGAAGGCCGUGCUGGUAGUGUUGCUGUAGCUGCCGCUGCUGCUGCCGGCGUGGACAGGGCGGGGGGGCUGGGCGGCCCCCGGGGUGGGGCCGGGCUACCACUAGAGAUGGGCAGCGGCGAAAACGACAUCGAAUAUAUCCCCGUCGUGGGUCAGGCGUUGACCGGGGCGGCGGCGGCGGCGGAGGGGGCGGCGCAGAGUGUCGAUGCCGUCGAUGGUCUUGGAGACGGGCGCGGCGCGGGGUCGUGCGACAGCGCCUUCCCGUUGGCGACGACCUUGUUGGCCUGGGCUUCGGGAUUCGCCGUCCUAGCCAUGUAUCGGUUUUUGCCCUCGCCGGCCGGGGGUGUUGGUGGUGUUGGUGGUGGUGGCGGUAAGGCGGCGCACGGGGUGGUGGUUCUACCAGCGUGACACAAAACAUUAUAUUGUUAACGUGUUUAUUUUGACUUUUUUUUUUUUCCCGGUAUGUGUAUACGGGCCGAGGAAUUGUCUUAUUUUGUCUCUCUACUUUGCAGCACGUUCGUUUCUGUGUGUGUCGUCUUGUUUUUGUUGUACUUCUGGCCCUCGCGCAGCAGUCAGUGGCCCUGCGUGUGUCAUACGUUGGAUACCACCCCCCGAGAGGAAAUAGUCUAGACCCCCUAGAAGUUUGGUGGUUGGAGUGUCUUUUUGCGUGAACUCACUGCUGCCGUCACCACGCGCGUCGAGAGUUGAUAGGUGGGGGAGAAACGUGGCUCGUUUUUUCGGGAAAACGAGCCCGCGCGCUGCUUGUUGGGCCACAUUUCUUCCAAGCGCAGACGGCCGGCAAGUAUAUCUUGUCUGGCCCUCGUUUACGCGGGUUUUAGCAGCCAAGUCAGUCGGACUUGUCCCGUGUAAACCUGACGCCUUCCUCGGAUGGUUUUUAUCAUAACCUGCACGAGGGGCAUUUGGAAAUUGCCCCCCAGGUAUGCAUCCCUCCUCCCCUUUGCGAUGAUGUUGUCGUUCGUGUGCGGUACGCGUCACCUCUCGUGUUGCCCGAGCUUCGUUUUUUUUUUUUCUCUGAGGCAACCCCGCAUUGUUCCGCAGUGUACUGUAGGUUAAGUCUCUUAAAAAUUUUGUAUUUGUUGUUUUCUAGCCUUUACUUCUACUUCCUAACUCUCAGGUUUGUUAGGUAGUGGCUGGCGCGUACCAUAAGGAAACAUGCCUCUGGUAGCCCUUGUCCAACGGGAAGGUGCUUGGAGUGUCACCGGGGCAGGGAGUGCGGCGGGCGUCUGACGCCCUCGGGAUUAUUUCUCGAGGCACUUUUUUUUUUUUUUUUACGUUUUGCGUGUGUGUGCGUUCUGUUUUGUGUCAGAAGGUGUGUUGUGCCAACAAAGUAAAUAGCAGGUAACUAGGGCGUUCCUUGUACAUGCCCGCUUUUGGACAUGUUUUUUUGUUGAGAAAUAGUUGGGUCUCAUGUCCUACAGCAGUAGUAUUGUCCCGUGGUCGGUCGUGAGCGGCUGUGUCUGCGCUCUCGUUCUUCUGUGAAUUAGCUCGUGUUCGUUGCAGUUGCCAGGCAUUUUCUACGAGGAUAUGGAUAUUGAUGCCUUGCGGUCGGUAACAAUCGACCGCGUACCCUUAGCUAACUGGCAGCUUGCGUUGGGUCUGCCCUUUGGUUGUGUCUGCCAGAUUAAUAUUGUUAGGCUGCCAACCAAUUUCUGCCUUGAUUGGAUGGAUUUGUAUGCAUGCCCAGACGUCCCCAAGAAAUAAAUGUGUGAAGACGAUAGACACCAACAAGCCGUAGGAAGAAAGAAGCACGUUAAACAAGUUUAACAAGAAUUAAUUUGUCU